AUGUCUUUAAUAAAUAACGAUAACUUUAUACCAGAAGAUUCCUCUAAUGAUGAUACCCAAAAUGAAAGAACUCCAUUGGUACAUCAACAAGCUAAUUUUCAAGAAUCAGAAGAUACUCAAGAUUAUCGAACCUUGAUUGAAUUGGGAAAAUCAACAGCCAAGCAAACUAUAUUCAAUACAAACAUCUUAAUGGGUAUUGCUAUUUUAGCAUUACCACUUGCCUUCAAAUAUUCCGGAUGGGCAUUGGGAUUGAUGAUUUUUUUAUUUUGUUUAAUUCAAACUAAAUACACGGCAAAAACGCUAAAAAAAUGUUUAGAUAAUGAUCCUAGAUGUAUUACAUAUAGUGAUCUUGCAAAUUUGGCCUAUGGAAUAAGGGGAAAAUAUUUUAUAGUUGGAGACUCUUUGAAAAUACUAUUUCCCAGUGCAGAUUUAACAACUUUGAAAAUCAUAGCUACACUUUUUAUCAUACCAUUCACAUGGAUACCAAUUCAUUUUUUAUCUUAUACCUCGAUGUUUGGAAUAUUUACAACCGCUUCAUUGGCAUCUGUUAUUAUAUUGGACGGUUUAACUAAACCUACUUCGCCUGGAAGCCUUCUUAAUCCAAUGAAAACACAUAUAAUCCCACCAAAUUUAAAUUAUUUACCAUUAAGCUUUGGUUUAAUUAAUUCGGGUUUUACUGGACACGCAGUGUUUCCUUCUCUCUAUAGAGAUAUGGAAAAACCUAACGAGUAUAAUAAAAUAAUUAAUGUUAGUUAUCUUAUCACCAGUGUUAUUUAUAUCACAGUCGCUGCAUCUGGUUACGCGAUGUUUGGUAAAGAAACAAUGCCUGAAAUUACACAAAAUAUUAUGCUUACUAAAGGAUAUAAUGAUUUCUUCAAUUCACUUGUGAUUUGGUUUAUCGUCAUCAAUCCAUUAUCUAAAUAUCCUCUAACAAUCACACCAAUCAACUUAAAUAUAGAACUUUUCAUUUUCAAAAUCUCAUUUAUAAAUCGAUGGUUUAAACAUGGAAUCACCAAAAAGAUUCUUAUUAUUUUGUGUAGAACUUCGUUAAGUUUAUUGAUUCUUGGAAUUGCAAUUAUUUUUCCCAAAUUUGAGAGAGCAAUGGUAGCAAUAUUUCCAUUAUUGUGUCAUUUGAAAAUGUUUGGUGGAGCUUUCUCUAAACAAGAAUUGGUUUGGAAUAUAUUCUUACUAACCACAAGUAUAAUCAUGGCGACUUUAGGAACUAUUUGGACUUUCUUGCCAACUUGUUGGCUAGGUGAAAUACUAUAA